GAGAGAGAGAGAGGACUGUAGCUGCUGCUCGCUACUCACCCACCUCAACAGGAUCCUCACAGAGACGCACACCGCGCAGCCAUGAGCGAGAGACAAGCAUCUGGAGCUACGACUGGAAACAGCAAACCAUCUGCUGGCCAAGACGACAAGAAGAACGACCUCCCGGAGGACUUCGACAUCGACAUGGAGGACCCGGAGACUGAGAAGGCCGCCAUGACCAUCCAGUCUCAGUUCAGGAAAUUCCAGAAAAAGAAGCAGGAUGUGAAGUCGUAGAGCGGACGCCGUUCAGCUGCGUCCCUGCUCGUCGUGGGCCGAGUCUUGCAUGUCAAUCAAACUGCACCGUCAUGAACUGAGAA